GCGGGAGAUGACGUGGACUCCGUGGACUCCGACCUGGUUUCCGUGCCCGACAUGGAGGAAUUGGUGCUUAAGGCGAAGCAGCACCAGAUGGAAGCGGCGUGUACACAUUUCGGCCACGAUAGCGACGAGUUCAAGUGGUUGCCCAUCUGGACGACGCCCGUUGCCAGCCUGGGCCAGUUUGGGACCGGGGUGCGGCUCUACUUCGAGUUCCUCACCUGGAUGGGAUGGACCUUCGCGCUGCUCCAGUUCCUGACUGUGCCCAUGAUGGCCAUGACCGCCAUGGGCUCCUUCGCGGGCGAGAUGUUGGACAUGGAUGUGCAGUUGGCCGUCAACGAGAUCCAGAAGACGCUCGUCUACCUCACCCUGGGCAACCUGGGGUACUGCGGCGAAGGCAGCCACUGCCAGACCCGCGCGUCGAGGGAGAUGCGCUCCUUCUCGACCAGCUGGUUAUGGAACAAGCUCUCCAUUGGUCCGAGUGAUAUGAAGCUGAGGGACGCGACGCUCUGGUACGCCCUGAACGACUGCCUCGCAGUGGUCGUGUUCUCCUUGAGCAUCUUCAUCUUCAGGAAGCGGAGGCACGAGACCGUGGUAGAAGAAGUGGACGACGCCAACGUCACGGCGACGGAUUUCGCCAUCAAGGUGGACGGCUUGCCGAAAGUGCUGGAGAACAAUCCGGAG